AUGUCGUCAACACGACCCUACAUGGUACUCGACGAAGAUGAUGAGAGCGAUAUCGAGUUGCUUGACUAUGACUCCGAGUCCGAUCUUGACAUCAUCGCGACUAAUUCUCGUGAGGCGUCUGCUACACCAACCACUCCGAGCUCGAACGAGGGAAAGACCCGCACGCGCAAACCUCCGCCAAGCAACGACAUAUCUCUACCGGAUGUUGCAAUCCAGACAUACAAAGUCGGCACAGGUUUCGUCAUCAAACCGGGCGACACAGUGGAAUUGAAAGAUCACUCAAACCAAAAUGAGGGCGCUAUGCAUUCGGGAGACUUUCUACGCAUCAAGAACAUACUCAUGAACAUGGAGACGGAUGAAGUGCGACUCCGAGGUUGGCGCAUGAGGCGUACAAAGUACCUCGGUCAGGUCUUCGACUGUGAGUACGACCGAAAGACAGACUUGAGGACAUGUACUGACUUCUCUCAAGGGAAGAUGAACGAGUUGGGCAUGGUCCUACGUCUUGAUGAAGAUGACCCUACAUCACCUUUUGUCGCUGGAAUGGAAGACGUCGAAAUCGAAGAUGUCCUACGAGCACGCGACUGUACGCUGACCAACAAACCCUACCCGUUCCUCAGCUUCCGAUCCGACGGUUGUGCUGCAUGGCCGAAUGGUAUGACUAAGGACGCUGUCAAGCGACAGAUCUUCCACGGAGGUAGGCUCAUUUGCCGUGUCGUCAACAUUCUCUACAUAAGUGGCACAAGGACAAAGCCAUACGGAGGCAUCGUUCGUCAUCUAUAUACCCACGAGGCGGAUGCGACUGCGACACCAGCUCAAACUUCAGAUCCCGGUGAUUCUCGCCAGACUUCAAUAUCGGUAGAGGAAACUGAAGAGGACGGAGACGUUGUCGUGAACCAGGCGCCUUCUGCAAAAAAGCGGCGUGCACGCGACGACUCUCCUGACUUCGAGAUCUUGGAACAAGAACCACCAAAGCGAAAGACUCAGCAUCCAUUGAAGCAGGGCCGUCUAGUGUUCGGAGACGUGUUCUGUGGAGCUGGGGGUGCUAGUCAAGGCGCUGCCCAAGCUGGCUACUAUGUGCAAUGGGGUCUCGACAAUGACGAACGUGCGCUUGAUGCAUACCGGCUCAACCAUCCUGGUGCAUACGCAUGGAAAAUGAAUGCGCAUGAUUUCCCGCCAAAGGGUAUCAGCAAAGAGAGCUGGAAAGUCGACGUACUACACCUCUCGCCCCCUUGUUGUUACUGGAGUCCCGCACAUACUCACGAUGGACCCAAAGACCAAGAGAACUAUGAAGCCAUCUACACCGUUGGUCCGAUUCUCAAGGAGGUCAAACCGCGUGUCGCAACACUUGAGCAAACCUUUGGCCUCGCGACUCACGAGCAACACAAGAGGAACUUCCUUAUGCUCUUGAACGAUAUUGGCCAAGCCGGUUACGAUGUGCGCUACAAGAUUCAGGACUUAAGCCAAUUCGGUCUCGUACAGAAGCGCAAGCGUUUGCUGAUCAUCGCUGCAAGACGGGGUACACCUCUACCUCCCUUCCCAAAGCCCACGCAUGGCGCUUCAGGAAGUGGUCUAAAGCCCUUCGUGUACAUCGACGAUGCCCUCACGCACAUUACCCGCCAAGGCAGGCGAGCUAUGAACGACCCCUACCAUCAACCCAAGUGGUUUCCCAUCCCCAGACCAGCCUAUAGUCCGCGAACAUUCCUCCGAGGCUGCAUCACCACCGGCGGCACAACAGCUUGCCAUCCCUCCGGCAAACGACAUUUCACACCUCGCGAACUCUCUUUGUGCCAGAGCUUCCCAUACGUGUAUCAAUUCACCGGUGCCCAGGGCGAGGCCAAGAAGCAAAUUGGAAAUGCAUUCCCACCAGUUAUGGCACAGGCAAUGUACCAGGUAAUUGCACAGACUCUAGAAGCCUUUGAAAAGGGCCUUAUCGGAGCUGAAGAUGAUCUCUCUGACCUGGAUGCCAUUCUGAGACCUAGCGGUGAGAGCGUUCCUCAACAGCGACGUCUCGAUAGCUUCACCGGAAGCGCCAACAUACCUUUCAGGCCUUCUCGAACCGUCAGCCCUAGGAUGGCGAGAGCUACCGAGUCACGCACUGCAUCGCCCUCUACGCGCAAACACGGGUCCGAUUCGAUGCAAUCGCGCCGCAGGAAUGAGAAGAGCUUCGCGUCUAUGAAUCUCCUUGAUGGUGGGCUGAGUGGCAUCAACAACUUUGCCAACAGAAGCACCGCUUCAGUCGGCAGGACAACCGAGCGACGUCGCAAGCCUAGUAUUCCAGGCGACGAUGACGAAGUCAUCCAUAUCCCCAGCGACAGCGAAUGA